UUUUUAUCCCUGUGCUGCCCCCUCCUUUUCCCUUUGCCUCGAGGAAGAGGAAGGCGAAGGGUUCAGCAGCUUCUUCCGAUUGACUCCCGCUGGCCGCGUCUCCUCCGGUCGGACUUUUGUCCGGCAAGCCUCUCCUCCAGGAAGAGGCCGUGGCACUCGGGGAAGUGCUCCAGGCAGAAUGGAUAUCGAGGCCAAUGGAAAGCGGGCCCGUGCAAGCAGCAGCAGCAGCUUGACCGGCGGCGACCGGCUCAGCUCCCUGCCGGAUUGCCUCAUCCACCACAUCAUGUCCUUCAUGAAGGCCCGGCAGGUGGUGCAGACCUGCGUGCUGUCCACCAGGUGGAAGCACCUCUGGCGUUCCGUCCCCUGCCUCGACAUCGAUGUGGAGGAGUUCGAGACCACAGGCUCGAACCCCCCUCGCGAAGCGUGGGGCAAGUUUGAGGACUUCACCGACCACUUGCUUAUCCCUAAUAAUAUUUCCAUUGCGUUAUUGGAUACAUUCUGUCUGCAUGUUAGUGGCAUGUAUAAAUCUUAUCGGGGUCAGCACGCAACUAGAUGGAUCCGGCAUGGCAUAAAGUACAGCACUCGGGCACCUGGCAUGCAGCGCCAGGGAUUGAGCUCAAGCUCCUGGCACCUAAGAAAACUAUACCUUUCCAACUUAUAUUUGGAUGACAAUUUCACAGAGCAUGUCAGUUCAGGAUGCCAAAAUUUGGAGGAUUUGGAGCUGAAAGGUUGCUAUUGUAGAACAUUUCAUGAGAUCAGCUCCCACUCACUGAAGAACAUUAUUCUGAAAGAUUGCGAGUUUAGUAAACUUUCUGCAAUUACAUCACCGGCACUAAAGAGCUUGGUUAUUGAGAGCGACGGCUAUAGUAGAAUUCCCUCUCUGCUAGUUAUCACUGCCCCUGCUGUUGCUUAUCUGCUCCUGGACGUGACAGCUUCGAACUUUUACGGUGGUGUCUCAUUUGAGGAGAUGCCAUCUCUUGGCAAGGCCUCAAUUCAUCUAAGGUGUGAUGAAGUAGAAAGUAAACUCAGCCAGAAUCAACUCAAGCUUCUUUGCAGUGUGUCUAAUGUGACAAGUUUGGUGUUGUCAGGUUUCACAACGAUGGUGCUUGGUGAGGAUCCAGUGACAUUCCCGAACUUCAGGAAUCUUAGGACCUUAUUACUGGAUAACUGUGAUCUUAGUGAUAACUUCAAGACAUUGGAACAUUUUCUGAAGAAUUCACCAGAUCUGGAGAAGCUAACCCUUCGCUGUUGCAAGUUUUCAAAAGAUCUUAAGAAGAAAAAGGCCAAGUCAAAGAGGGCAUCUUCUUCCCAGUGUCUCAACUUAGUGGAUGUCCAGUGCAAGAAUCUCAAGCAUACUGAAAUCAUAUAUAGAGAUGAUGAUGUGCGCCUGCUGGUUGAGCUAUUGUUGACCAUUUCAGCGAAUCUGCCGAAGAACAAUAUAAAACUUACCAAAGUUGACUAGUAUUAUCUUCAGUUCAGAUCUUCACGUUCUGUUUCACUGAAUUUUGUAUGCUUGCCCUGCUGUAAUAGCCUAGCGGUACCAUGUACCUUUGACCUGUUCCAAGAUUUAUGGGCUAAGGCUUUUGUUCUAUGGACUAUGGUAUUGAUAUUUAGUCUUUUCUCUACCCAUGUAUCCUUUGCUUAAGACUUAAGCUGAUGCUUGGCUAUAGGCUUUUUGAGCCUAAUGAAGCUAUGUUACCAACUUCAAAACAGAACUGAAAAGUUACAUA